GCUGCGGCGCAGGGCGAGCGCACCUGCGCACAGGCUCCGCGGGCUGCGCUGUGCGUGGGACCCGAGAUGGCCCGCUCCCCUCGUAGCAGCCGGUCCAGCAUGCCAACGAACGAGGACAGAGGACACGCACCAAUACAAAAGGGGGGUGUGGGCCUGCUGCCACCCGAGGCUGUCCUAGAUCCCAAGGGAUCCCGGCCGGGUCCUGGGCACACUGUCGCACCCUGCGAAGACCUUCGGGGAAACAGGCCUGGAAUUUCUGUUGCGAGAAGAGUGGGGGGAAGGGGAGCCGGCAGGGAUUCCAGAGUUCCUGCCUAGGUCGGCCUUUGGCUACCGAGGAAGAUCUUUGCCACAGAUCAAGAAUUCUUCUGUGACCCUACCUGACUAUGAGGUGGCCCCCAAAGGCAGCACUGUGCUUCCUAGUGAAGGGCCAUAUCCAUGCUUUAGUCCCGUGUCCAUUAGGGCAUUCUGCCAGACCGAGGUGUGGAGCUUAAGGCUGAAGCCUGUGGCUUUGAAUGGGGGAGGGACUAGGUGAUGACACAAAGCUCCCCUGGCAGAGCGCAGAGCCUCACAUAGGUUUUCUCUCCCUUCCCCAGGUAAGGUUGACCUCUCUGCAGUUAGAGGUCUGAGCUCUGCCAUGGGGAUAGGGAUGUCUUUAUUGUUCCAGUUUUCUCUGACAUCCGGGGGCUACCGGAGUGUGGGCCGAAGUAGGCGCUGCAGAAGUAUCCCCAGGAACAUCCCCAGAAGGAGCUGGAAAAAGCCUCAUCCCCAGCUCUGCAGUCUCCAGGCAGAGGAAGAACCGAUGCUGGAACGGCGCUGCAGGGGCACCAUGACCAUGGGCCCAGCCCAGCCCAGGCUCCUUUCUGGGCCCUCCCAGGAGUCCUCCCAGCCCAAUAGAGGGUUGAGGCACCAGGGCAAGUCAGUAGCUCAGCCAGGAGGCCAAGCCCCAGGCAAGGCCCAUCGCUGUGCCCACUGUCGGAGGAGCUUCCCAGGCUGGGUAGCCCAGUGGCUUCACACUCGGCGGUGCCAGGCGCGGCUGCCACUGUCCUGCCAAGAGUGCAACCAGCGCUUUCGCCACGCCCCCUUCUUAGCGCUGCACCUUCAGGUUCAUGCCUCUGCCGUCCCUGAUCUGGGUUUCACUUGCCACCUUUGUGGGCAUAGCUUCCGAGGCUGGGUAGCCCUGGUACUGCACCUGCGGGCUCACUCAGCUGCAAAACGGCCCAUCACUUGUCCCGAAUGCGACAGACGUUUCUGGCGACAAAAGCAGCUUCGAGCUCAUCUGCGGAGGUGCCAUCCCCCUGCCCCUGAGGCCAGGCCCUUCAUAUGCGGCAACUGUGGUCGGAGCUUUGCCCAGUGGGACCAGUUGGUUGUUCACAAGCGGGUGCAUGUGGCCGAGGCCCUGGAGGAGGCAGCUGUCAAGGCUCUGGGUCCCCGGCCUCGGGGCCGUCCUGCUGUGACUGCCCCCAGGCCCGGUGGAGAUGCCGUGGACCGCCCCUUCCAGUGUGCCUGCUGCGGCAAGCGCUUCCGCCACAAGCCCAACCUGAUCGCCCACCGCCGAGUGCACACUGGCGAGCGACCACACCAGUGCCCAGAGUGCGGGAAGCGCUUCACCAACAAGCCCUACCUAACUUCGCACCGGCGCAUACACACCGGCGAGAAGCCUUAUCCGUGCACCGAGUGUGGCCGCCGCUUCCGCCACAAACCCAACCUAUUGUCCCACAGCAAAAUCCACAAGCGUUCAGAGAUCUCGGCGCAGGCUGCCCCCGGCAUCGGAAGCCCUCAGAUUUCAACGGAGCCCAUGGUGCAACCUGCAAUGGGGGCUCUGGGGUCUCCCCGGACCCCGGCUGAGGCAUCUGUGCCCUUGUACAGCUGCGCCGACUGUGGCCGCAGCUUCCGCCUCGAGCGCUUCCUGAGGCUGCACCAGCGACAGCACACAGGAGAGCGGCCCUUCACCUGCCCUGAGUGCGGCAAGAACUUCGGCAAGAAGACGCACCUGGUGGCUCACUCACGCGUGCAUUCGGGCGAGCGGCCUUUUGCCUGCGAGGAGUGUGGGCGCCGCUUCUCACAGGGCAGCCACCUGGCAGCCCAUCGGCGCGACCAUGCGCCAGAGAGGCCCUUCGUGUGUCCCGACUGUGGCAAGGCUUUCCGCCACAAGCCCUACCUGGCUGCACACCGGCGCAUCCACACUGGCGAGAAGCCCUACGUGUGUCCAGAUUGUGGCAAAGCCUUCAGUCAAAAGUCCAACCUGGUGUCGCACCGGCGUAUCCACACUGGUGAGCGGCCUUACGCCUGCCCCGACUGUGACCGCAGCUUCAGCCAGAAGUCCAACCUUAUCACACACCGAAAGAGCCACAUCCGGGAUGGCGCCUUCUGCUGUGCUAUCUGUGGGCAGACCUUUGACGAUGAGGAUCGACUCUUGAUGCACCAGAAGAAGCACGAUGCCUAAGGGGCCAUAGGCCGAGGGAAACAGGCCUGAAUGUCCUUGGCAACAGUGUGCCAGUGGGCCCUGUGGGGUGCCUACAUUGAUGCUACUGGAGGAACAGGUGGAGAUGCCAGAGGGAUAGAAGAAGCAGAGUGAACUGGGCUCUGUUUAGGAAGGGAGUUUCCCUAAGUGGUCAGGGAAUCCAUUUUAGUAUGCAGGGACCUGGCUUUGAGCUAGCCGGCCCCCAACUGGUUUUUCUAAGGGUCAAUCAGACUACCCUGUACCCCGGAAAAG